UUUCAGGUGGCCUGUGAAACCAUGCUGAGUGGAUCGGACCUGCUCACUAACCUCAGGAACACAGCAGGGAUCGUGUACAACUCUACUGGGCUGCUGACCUGUUUUGACCUGUACAAUCUGUAUUUGGAGUGUGCUGAUCCCACCGGCUGCGGACUGGGCUUUGACAGCCUGGCCUGGGACUACCAGGCGUGCACAGAGAUCGAUCUGUGCUAUGAGAGCAACAAUGUGACAGACAUGUUUCCUCCCAUGCCCUUCACCGAGAAAGACCGCAAGCUUUACUGCUCCAAGCGCUGGGCUGUGGUUCCACGACCAGACUGGCUCAAAAUCCAGUUCUGGGGAGAUGCCCUCUCCACAGCCAGCAACAUCAUUUUCUCCAAUGGAGAUCUGGACCCAUGGGCAAACGGAGGGGUGCGCAAGUCCUUGAGCUCAUCACUGAUAGCGAUCAACAUUUCUGGAGGAGCCCAUCAUCUGGACCUGAGAGGAUCUAAUGAUGCUGAUCCAGAGUCAGUAAUCAGGGCCAGGAAGACAGAAGCAGACCUCAUCGCACAGUGGGUGAAGAUGGAGAGGACCAGAAUAAGGCAGUCAUCUUAAAGCACAGGUUCACUUUGUUUCAGGACUGGAAAUGCAUAAAUGUAGUCAUUUCCUGUCAGAUCAUAAAUCAAAUAGUUUGACACCACUGUAACACAAUUCAGAUUCACUUCAAACAAGGGCUGUCACGAUCGAUUUUCUCUACACAAUAAUCAUGAUUACAAUGUCAUUAUUUAAUUUUAUACCAUGAUUAUCAUCAAUAUCGGUAUAUUGUGACAGCCCUACUUCAAAGUUGUACAGGAAAUAUUGGAAUGUUUUAAUCACUUUUCACCUCAAGCAGUUUGGCUAAAAAUGAUAAAACUGCCCCAUAAUGAUUUUCUAAAGUAUUUAAAAAGCUUGCAUUGUCCAACCAGCAGAUCAGAACCCAAAGAUGUUCCUGUUACAAUCGUGGAAUAUCUAUCUACAGCAGGCUUUGUUUUAUGACUCAAUGAUCAACAAAAAUGUGUUUGUUCAAUAAAAUCUCUUUAAUGUCUA